UACAAAUCGAAUCUAGCUUCGUCUGCUUAGUUAUUGGACUGUCCCUUGGUGAGAAUACACAGGAAGAAAGGGGCAACUGAGUUCUAGACAAUGCAAGCACAGGAAUCAGUGACCUUCAAGGAUAUAGCUGUAGACUUCACCCAGGAAGAGUGGGCCCUCCUGGACACGUCCCAGAGAAAGCUGUACUGGGAUGUGAUGCUGGAGAACAUCAGUCAUCUGGUCUCCGUGGGGUAUCAACUCUGCAAAUCAGAUGUGAUUUCCCAGUUGGAACAAGGAGUGGAGCUGUGGAGAGAAGGAAGAGGAUUUCCCCAAGGCCUGAGUCCAGUGACAAGCAGUCCUAUCUUGAACAAGUCGGGGGAAAGAGGGGAUGGAAAGCCAGGAGACCACGACAGAGGGAGAAACAUGACUGUGGUCAGCCUGCCAUGGAAUCCUGCUGUUCUGAAAUCUGAGGUUCCCACUGCCUGGGUGCUGCAGGAGGAAUUGUAA